AAAUAGCAUAGUCUAGAUAUGAUGGUUAUUGCCUACCUCUUCUGCACUCGCCCAAAAGUUCUUAGUCUCGCCGCGCGUUAGAGAUUAAACUGGGGCCAUUUGGUGCGAAGGUCUCAGAGUCGGCACAGACCGCAAGAUGUCCUGAAAAAGCCACCGAGCUCUUGGGGUCUGUGCCAUGGAACUGACAACAUACAGACGCGGCCAAGCGAGCCAGGUGGUGGGGCUGGGUUGCAUCGGCAGGCUGCAGUACGUGGUCCUGCUUUGGACACGAAUUCUCAAGACCAAUGGGCUUCUUUGUUUAAAGCUGCAGAUAGAGAAGAAGACCCCAGCUGCAGACCUCAAGUCUGGCAGCCAGUCUGGCAGCCAGUCUGGUGCUCUCAAGUCUAGAGGGGGCUUUGCGGCUGUCGCCUGCUGUUUUCAAUACUGGGGCGAUAGAGGAUGUUAUAGGGCGACAGCGGUCAACAUGAUUGAAAUUGACGUGGGAGGUCCAAGAAGUCUGACGAACAGAAUCAGAAUGAAUCGGAUGACAGUAUGGCCCAAACCCCAGAAAUGGACGAUUUGGUUACAACGAAUGAUUGGGAUAUUCGACCAAGUUUUGGCCGUAUUUGACCGCAGCUCAGGUGAUCCUGGAUGUUGUUUGGCUCAAAGGACAUUUCCGACCGGCUCGUCGAGUUUUUAAAAGAAUGGCUCGAUGUGAUGCAUGCAACAACAAGGCGGCCAGUGAUUGUGAUUAUGGCCUUUGUGGCGGAUGCUGCACUUAUGGAGCAUGUUAUCGUCAUGGGUGGUUUGAAUACCAAUGCCAGACAUGCAACCGGCUUUUCGAGAAUGAGAACAACCUGAAUCAACACAUGCGAACUCAUUUGCCUCGCAACAAGAUGUGCCCAGCUUGUGGAAAGGCCUAUUCCUCCAUCUCCAGUGUGACCAUGCAUGUGGAGGGGGGCCAUUGUUCAGUAUGUCAGGGCCGCGGAGCAGCAAUUGUCCACGACUUUAUGCGUCAGAAUGCGCCGCAUUUCUUCCGCCCAGCUCUUUGUGAUGCGAGCGAGACAAGCGAAGAGUCAAAUGGAGAUGAGCCAUACUGCAGGCUUUGCGACCGAUCAUUCAAGAACUUCGGGGCGUUGCUGCAGCACCAGGAGGCCAAGCAUGCUUCGCAACAAGCUCCCAAACUAGCCCUGAGAAAUGGAUAUUAUUAGAUGGCUGUAGGUUCAGACCGGUUCAGACUGCCCCAGGAGAGUGGUUCGCUGUAGUUCAGA